AUGGUGAUGCCGGAGAGAGAACGUGAUCCUGGACCCGGAUUGCGCCGCGAAGGCAAUACCGUUUACGUCUGCAAAGCGGGUAUCCUGAAGAAACGCGAACCGGCCGUCUUCUACGUGGACAGCUAUCAAAAAGCUUUCAUUAAUCUACUCUUCAUUCACAGGUGGAUGUGGGUGCCAGCGAACAGGCUACUCUCUCUUAUUUGGCCUUCGAGGGCGCGACGAAGAAGAACCGGCCUGAUCUGCAGGUCGGCGACAUGGUGUACGCCAAGAUGCUGGUUGCCAGCAAGGAUAUGGAGCCUGAAUUGGAUGCUUGGUCGAAAUCAGGUGUAUGAAAUUGCUGCAGGGAUGAACGGCAGGAUAUGGAUCAAGGCACGAUCAGUCAAGGAGACCAUAGCUGUGGCGAAUGCCAUUCUGGCCGCAGAGUACACGUUACCUGGUGAAAUGCAAAAACUUUGUGCUAGAAUCGAGAAAACGUUGCUUCUGGUAGCGUAAUUUCAACUCGUGGGAAAUGGACUUUUAAAUAUUAAAAAAUAAUGUGAUUAUCUAUAAAAGUGAAAUGAUAUGACUGGACUCAAAAAGAUUUUGGUAUUUUUUUUUUAUAAAAUCAAUAAGAAAUGUAAAAAAUAAUAGAUAAAA